UGUGCUCUUGUAGGGGGGUGCGGAAGCGCGCUCCGCUGAGGGGGCGGCGGUGCCGGCCGGGCUGCGCCGCGAUGCAGGCGGGCUGCCGACUCUUCCCGCUCUUGCUCCUGGCGCUGCUGCGCGGGCUGUGUCACGGCAGGGAAGCGGCGCCGAGCGCUGUUACCUGCGGCUCGGUGCUGAAGCUGCUCAACACCCGCCACAGCGUGCGGCUCCACUCACAUGAGGUCAAGUAUGGAUCCGGAAGUGGGCAACAGUCAGUGACAGGAGUUGAAGCUUCGGAUGAUGCUAACAGUUACUGGCGGAUUCGUGGGAAGCGUGAUGGCAGUUGCCAGCGCGGGACACCGGUGAAAUGUGGGCAAGCCAUACGACUCACCCAUGUUAACACAGGAAAAAAUUUACACACUCAUCACUUCCCAUCACCACUUUCCAGUAACCAAGAAGUAAGUGCCUUUGGUGAUGAUGGCGAAGGAGAUGACCUCGAUAUAUGGAUUGUGCAAUGCAGUGGGACUUACUGGGAGCGGGAGGAUGCGGUGCGCUUCAAGCACGUAGGAACUGAGGUGUUCCUUUCAAUAACUGGGGAACAGUAUGGCCAUCCCAUUAGAGGCCAACGGGAAGUUCAUGGCAUGCCUACUGCUAAUCAUCACAACUAUUGGAAAGCAAUGGAGGGCGUCUUCAUCAAACCCAGUAUGGACCCUGCAAAACAUGAUGAGCUCUGAAUUGACAGAGGAUCCAAAAUGCUUCAGCUUACUCCAGUGUUCGGAGAUGCUAAUUCUUGGUCUCUUAUAAGUCCCGCCUUGCCUGAGUGACUGACUUUCUGUAUUACUGGAGGGCAUUAGUUCAUUCUAGGAAUGCAGCACUUAUGUGGAGAAUGGCAUCUGCCAGAUUCAGCCUUUGAAAUCUGAAUAUUUGGCAAAAUACUGUCUGAAUUUUUGAGCUUAAUUGGUGAAACUGGUUCAUAAAUCUGUUGGUUUUCGUUGUCAUUUGUCUUGCUUGUUACUUUUUCUCAAAUCUGAAGGAAAUGGAUAAACUGAAGUAAUGCAUUUCUGUAGUCCCAAGUACAAUAAAAUUUUGCAUUUUGUAAUAUUUUUCCAAUUAUAAUUAAAUAUUUGUAAACUGA